UCAGCUGGGUUCUAACAUUUCCAGGAGGCACAGCAUGUGUUAAACAUACGUCCCGUUUUGCAAUCGCAGACGCUCGUUUCAUGCAUAGAUUGUACAUCUAAAGUCCAGUGCUGGCAAUACAUCUCAGGGCCUUUUGAGGAAAUCAUCAACAAUGUGGACCGUGGCUCUCAUUUUUUGUUUGGGAAAUAUUCUCAUCAGAGGCGAGGCCAGUGAUCAGCAUUCAGACCCAAUCGCUGUAACUGAGCUCUCUGAAACGGCCUCCUCUGGUCUUUUAAUAGUGGAAAAACAGAAAUCCAACAGUUCAAUUCAUCCACCCCAACUAGCAGGACCAAAAACAUCACACCCUCCUAUGUGUUUGGAGUCAGCUGGAAUCAGAAAUGCCUUCAAAUAUGUCAAUACGGUUGUCUCUCUUGUUGUUUUUGUUGUUGGAAUAGUGGGGAAUUCAGCCUUACUAAAAAUCAUAUAUGAAAACAAAUGCAUGAGAAGUGGACCGAACAUUCUCAUUGCGAGUCUUGCUUUGGGGGACCUCAUCCACAUUGUGAUAGACAUUCCAAUCAACGCGUACAGGCUCAUGGCAGAAGAUUGGCCAUUUGGUGUGGUACUGUGCAAACUUGUCCCCUUCAUACAGAAAACCUCUGUUGGAAUUACUGCGUUGAGCUUAUGUGCUUUGAGUGUUGACAGCAGAUACCGAGCUGUAGUGUCCUGGAAUCGAAUCAAAGGCAUCGGGGUUCCAGUGUGGACAGCAAUCGAAAUAACUCUGAUAUGGGUUGUUUCUAUCCUGCUGGCUGUGCCUGAAGUUGUCGGCUUUGAUAUGAUAACAAUGGACUAUAAAGACAAGCAUCUGAGAAUAUGUCUGCUUCAUCCCAUGCAAACCACACAGUUCAUGCAGUUUUAUAAAUCAGUAAAGGACUGGUGGCUCUUUGGCUUUUAUUUUUGCAUGCCACUGGCUUGGACCUCCAUUUUCUACAUACUCAUGACCAGAAAAAUGCUGAGGAACACUGAGAACACGUUAAGCGACCACACCAAGCAGAGACGAGAAGUUGCAAAAACUGUCUUCUGCCUGGUGCUUGUGUUUGCGCUUUGCUGGUUGCCUCUAUACCUCAGCAGAAUCCUGAAAUUAACCAUAUAUGAUGAGAAAGAUCCUAAUAGGUGUCAGCUACUGAGUGUCUUUCUUGUCCUAGACUAUUUUGGCAUUAAUAUGGCAUCACUCAACUCGUGCAUCAACCCUAUUGCAUUGUACAUAGUCAGCAAAAGAUUUAAAAGAUGUUUCAAGGCAUGUCUGUGCACUUGGUGUCUACCUCUUCAAGCUGUUACCCAUGACGAGGGGCAGUCUGUUUUUAAGUCCAGAAUGCAGGAUCAAGCCUCAGAGCAGAGCUCCAGCAUCAAAGCACACAAGCAGGCUUCCAUACCUCUACCUGAGCAGGAGAACAACGUACCAUGUUAACAAAACUCAUGUGGAACUGUGAAGAUCCUUUGUGAGAGUUCUUUAAUAUUUAUUCAUUAAAUAUAUAUAUAUGGCUAUCAAAGCAGCUCUAUCGGUAGUUCAGCAAUCUUGACAUACUGUCCUAGUAAUAUGAAAUACCUUGUGAAUAACAUACUGCACUGUCUUUUGUACUGCUGUCGUCAGUUGAACAUCUGCUUUGGCAUGAGCAACCUGGAGUCAGACUGUUCAGACAAUUUGCCCCCAGGGUUUGACUCACUCCCAACCAUUACAUCAGAUUUUACCUCGUACCUAUCCUGUAUCAUGCAUCACAGUUCUCAAAUCACUGUUUUGGGCACGAUGUUAACCUGGCACCCAUCAACUGAAAUCUUGUCACGGCUUAUUGCCUGCCUAUAUAUUAUUUUGAUUCUGUUUCUGGAUUCUGGUGAGAUACGGUGCCGUAGGAAAUCAAGCAAAUGGGAAUUCUAAUUUUUUUUUGGUGGGUUUUAGGGGGUAUGGUGUAUUAUUAGCACAUAAAUGUGUGUUUUCAUCUCUGUUAAGUUUCACAUACACAGCAGCCUAAGAGUUUACAGCGUUCCUUUCGUUCUUGAACCUUGAGAAACAUAUCAAAUUGGUGCCACAAGUAGAUUCUGUCUCCGUCACUGAAUGACUGAUUGAUGGUGGCCUAUUUUUAAUGCAUUGUUAAAUGUGUAAUGCAUGGAGACACUUUAUAAAAGACCUGAGAGUGGGGAAGAAGGAAAACGAAGAUGACAGAAUGAGGUCAGGA